ACAUAUGAAAUGUAAACAUUUAUUUUCAGGUAACAGCUUCCUUUUUUAUUUUCUACAAGAAAAUUAAGGUAGUAACAUGAACACCGCACCCGUCGCGCCAAAGCCUGUGUCGCUUCAUUUAUUAGAAGAACUUACAAAUGAUUUCUCUCCGGACCGGAAACUUGGUGGCGGCACGUAUGGAGAUGUUUACCUGGGAGAGCAUAAAAAUGGAGAAAAGAUUGCCGUGAAGGUGCUUAAAGAAGGUCUGGACCUUAACGAUGAGGAAUUUCAGAAGGAGUAUCACAACCUUGCAAAUCUUCACCACAAAAAUGUUGUCCGGUUAGUUGGAUAUUGCCACGAAACUAAGAGAGAAUUUGUACCGUACAAGGAUGGGAUGGUUUUUGCUUAUAAGAUAAAAAGGAUGCUUUGCUUCGAUUAUAUGCACAAUGGAAGCCUUGAUAGUUUUAUUUAUGAUGAAUUUAAUGACCGUAAUUGGUGUACACGCUAUGCAAUAAUUAAGGGAAUAUGUGAGGGCUUGGAAUACCUUCAUGAGAAAUUAAAACCUCCUAUGUAUCAUUUAGAUUUAAAACCAGCCAAUAUAUUACUGGACGAGAACAUGUCAGCAAAAAUCGCAGAUUUCGGCGUGUCAAGGUUGUUCUUAGAAGAAAAAACAAGAAAGACACACUAG